AUGAGUUUGGAUCGUGUCAUUCAGGACUCUGACGAGGAUGAACCCUUUGAGGGGGAUGACCUUCCCCCCUCUGCCAAUCACCUCCACCCCUCCGAGCCCGCAUUGCCGCAGGAAUAUCAACAUGCCCCCGCCAAACAGACAACCCACAAUGCAGUGUAUGAACACGAUCAUACCCCUGAUGAAAGCAUGUUCCCACAGCUGAAUGUCAAUUUUGAUGAGUUCCUCCAAUCGCAAGAACAGGGCCAUUCAAUGCUAUCAUCGUCGCAGCAGCGGCGGGAGGACAGAUGGAUACCCUCUACCAGUGACGGAGGAAGUGGGUCGGUUGGCGUCAUGAUGACGGAGAUCGGACUCGCGCAGAGAAGACUUCUGGACGACGACCUCUCAAGUGCAAGCAUACCACUCCCUUCUACAGCCGCCCUGUACUCGACAGAAUCCUUUCAAUCCGCGCGGUUUCCUACCAUACCAAGUUAUCACUCGUAUCAGAUGGAUCAACCGGAGAGUGGCAGCUUCGCAUAUAAUCCAGCACCCAUUAGUCCCUACGUUGAUACAAACCAGACAUUAUUGCCCACUAGACAGGGUAUCUACGAUUUGGCUCCACCUGCCGCCACUAACUCAAUGACUUCGCCUCCAAAACUCAUCCCUCACCAAGCUACCGAGUCCUUCAUGGGACAGAACCUACGCUCAAACCCACAAUCAAACCUACACCAGGAAGCCUCUCAGCCCAAAUCUCAGCCGGCUCCCUGUUCCCCCCAUGACACCGAGCCUCUCUCUUCCAUUGUAUCCAUGCGAUUCAGCGAAGCAAAGAUCACCACAGCCGGAACCAGUCUCAUUUCCCCGCAGCAAUCCCAGUCAAGCGCGCACGACGAGCUUGCUCUGCCAGCUAUCAUGCCAACCGUGCCAGAGGUCGACACGCCCGGUGCAAUCAAGAAGCGAGGACGGCCCAAGAAACAACUCAUACCAGAUAACGACGAGGAUGAUGAGCUAGCCAACUCUCGAGACCACGAGUUCAAACAUCCUGGCGCAAAUGGUGCGAUUAACCCCUCCGAUAUCGAAGAGACCACGGAAGAUAAUACCCCAGCCUCGAGCGGAGUCUCCGAAGAGACUGACGAAGAAAAUAUAGAAGCAGCCCCCAAGCCCGCAAAAUCAGGACCCAAGGAGCCGAAAAAGAAGAAAGCCAAAAAAAGCAAGACGACACCUGCCCCGAAGCCCGAUGAAGAAGACGACGUGAUAUGGGUAGACACGAAGCCUCUCAGCGUGGAGCCUUCAACCGGGAAUGCUACCCCACAGACAGAAACACCAGAGCCCCAAAGACAGGAUUUAGACUCCAAUGUUUUGGACUCAAACCCGCCUGUUGAUCCCGAGGCAGCGAUUUCUGCAGUUGAAGACAAGACGCAAAAAGCUGAAAAACCAGUGCCCAAGAAACGCGGACGCAAGCGAAAGCAACCAACCGAACAAGCGGAAACACCAUCAGAGUCCGCAGAUACACCCGAACCAAACAAGCCACCCUCCGGAGCCCAGACUCCUGCGUCGAAGUUGGCCGUCGUUGUCGAUAAUAGUCCCAGGUCCAUGCUCGAAGCUAACACCGGUAACAACGAUACAUCUGCUAUUCCAAGCAACGACCAGAACCCCCGACCACUUCCUGGACCCGACCCUCUCCCUGAAACUACAAUUGAUACCCCCCAGCCUCAGACUCCUUCGAAGCCCGAUGCUGCAUCUGUCAAUACACCACAGAACGUAGGAAAGGGCCCGGAUAAGCAUAGUCCCAUCUCGGCGCGGAGUGGGGUGCCUUACCGCGUAGGAUUGAGUAAAAGGGCGAGGAUUGCGCCCUUGCUUAAGAUGGUGCGGAAGUAG